UUUGCCAUCCGGGCCAUUCCCUUUCACUUUCACAUUCACAUUCAGAUUCCCCCUUUAAUUUCUCUCUCCUCCGUCCAAAUUACAGUAGCGCUACGCUAAUCGAUUCCUAUUGGCUCUUCGCCUGGAAACGACGAGUCGUGAAUAAAAUCCGAUGUCGAUCCCUCCAUCUUCAACCACAACUCCUUCAGCCUCUUCAGGCUCGCAAUUCACAUACACCGCAGCAACGGCGACACCAAACACUUCGUAUUUCCCAAUGCCCUUUCACCUCCAGCAAUCGGUCCAACCCUACGUUGCUCCACCCGCAGUUCAACCCGUCGGUGCAUCUGUUUACACUGCUCCAGUUGGACCCGUCUACUCUCUUCCCCAAUUCCAGCAGGCACAACAAUUAUUUCAAAGGGAUGCACAAACAAUUACGCCUGAAGCACUUGAGGGUGUGAAAGCAGCCCUAGCUAGCAGUGAGAUUGAGCACAAACAAGAAACCAAAAAGAAAGCAAUUCCUCGGAAAGCUGCUGGCCAGGCUUGGGAGGAUCCAACACUAUCAGAUUGGCCAGAAAAUGAUUAUCGCCUUUUUUGUGGUGAUCUUGGUAAUGAGGUGAAUGAUGAUGUUCUUUCAAAAGCAUUUUCUCGGUUUCCUUCAUUUAACAUGGCUAGAGUUGUUAGAGAUAAGCGGACUGGCAAAACCAAGGGCUAUGGAUUUGUUAGCUUUUCCAACCCUUCCGACCUUGCAGCAGCACUGAAGGAGAUGAAUGGUAAAUAUGUUGGAAAUCGGCCCAUUAAAUUACGCAAGAGCAAUUGGAAGGAAAGGACAGAUCACGAUGCACUAGAAAGACAAAAGGCUGUUUUCGUAGCCUACAAAUGUGAGAUUAGAAGGUUGGGCAGUUUUGUAUGCUUAUCCGAUACCCCUUUUUUCCUUGAUGUAAACAGAACCAUCAUCAGAAGAAACCAAAACCUCCCAGAAAGAGUGUGUUGCAUAAGUAAGACAAUACACCCGCGUAAUGCUGGCAUCUGGCAUCUAAGGGACGUACAGAAAUGGCAUCUUCAUAUGGUUGUGAUUUUAGUUUUUAUUCUCGAACCCUUUCGUGGACACUAAGCCAAGCGAUGAUGUAGAAUCGUAUGAUACAAUUUUAUUUUUUCAAAAAAUUUGAGUACAUUAUACCCUUUGUAGCUUUCUACAGCUUUGUUUUUGUUAUUUGUUGUGGAGCACUUUUUGCGUUCUUACGAGAGAAUAUUCAAAUCA